CACAGGUGAACUACUCCUCCUGACCAACCUUAGACCCAGCAUCCUUGUGCCAGACUCCACUCAAGAUGGGGUUUGGCAGGAGGAUACGGGUAACAGAAUGGGCUUUCCUGUUAGCAGUUUGCUGUAUCCAUCAGACAGGAGCUCAGACUGAAAUCCAGCAGGAAACAGGAAGUAUCUACACUGAGGUUGUUCAGCAGGAACAAAACAUUUCUGCUACAGUUUCAUCUAAGGUCAACAUCAUCCAGACAAUGCUGACAAAUCCAAUAAUAACACCUUCCAACCCUGCUCACAAUGGCCACGUGUGCAGCACAUGGGGCAACUUCCACUUCAAGACCUUUGAUGGAGACAUAUUCUACUUCCCUGGGAUCUGCAAUUAUGUUUUUGCAUCCCAUUGCAACACUCCCUAUGAGGAUUUCAACAUCCAGAUGAGACGUACGAUGGUAGAAAAUACUCCAACAAUUAGCCGUAUUGCCAUGAAACUUGAAGGUGUAGCCAUUGAGCUAACAAAGGAUGUUGUCAUAGUCGAUAGCAACAGAGUUCAACUGCCAUACAGCCAGGCUGGAAUCACAUUAGAGAGAAGCACCAUUUAUGUGAAAGUUGUCAGCAAAAUGGGUGUUGUAUUUAUGUGGAAUGAAGAUGACAGUAUUCUGCUGGAACUGCAUGAAAAAUAUGCUAAUCAGACCUGUGGGCUUUGUGGAGACUUCAAUGGCAUUCCAAUUUACAAUGAGUUCUAUUCAAACAAUAUGAAAAUGACAGCAUUACAGUUUGGGAAUAUGCAGAAAAUGAAUGGGCCAACAGAAAACUGUGAAGACCCCACUACUUCCCUGCCGGAUAAUUGCACAGACACUUCUGAUGACAUAUGCCAGAAAACAUUGACCAGCUCUUCAUUUGCAGAAUGUAAUGAUCUAGUUGAUGUUAGUGAAUACAUUAUGGCUUGCCAAGAAGAUUUGUGCCGCUCUGAAGAGUCAAAAAAUGCUUCAUGUAUCUGUGACACCUUUGCUGAAUACUCCCGACAGUGUGCUCAUGCUGGUGGGGAACCUCUGAACUGGAGAACCUCAAAACUGUGCCCCAAGACGUGUCCCUACAACAUGGAGUACUUGGAGUGCAGCUCCCCCUGCACUGACACAUGCACCAAUCCUGAACGAUCUCAGUUUUGUGAAGAGCACUGUAUGGAUGGCUGUUUCUGCCCCCCAGGAACUGUGUUUGAUGACAUAAACAAUUCUGGCUGCAUCUCCCGUCAACAGUGCUCUUGUAUUUACAAUGGCAAAACCUACACUCCAGGAACUUCUUUUUCAGACCAGUGCCAUUCCUGUACAUGUAACGGAGGCCAAUGGAGUUGCACAGACAUGUCAUGCCCAGGAAUAUGUUCAGUAGAGGGAGGCUCACACAUUUCCACAUACGAUCAAAAACAGUAUGAUGUCCAUGGAGACUGCACGUAUGUCCUUUCUAAGCACUGUGAAGAUGAAACAUUCACCAUCCUGGCAGAACUACGCAAGUGUGGCCUGACAGACACCGAAACAUGCUUAAAGACAGUGGCCCUCAGCAUGAAUAAAGGACAAACUCUCAUUGUGGUCAAACCUGACGGUGGCGUGUUUGUGAACUUGAUCUACACCCAGCUGCCCAUCUCAGCAGCCAAUGUCACCAUCUUCAGACCUUCAUCAUUCUUCAUCAUCAUGCAGACAAAUUUUGGUCUCCAGCUUGAAAUCCAAAUCACACCCAUCAUGCAAGUGUUCAUUAGAAUUGACCCUCAGUUUAAAGACCAAACCUGUGGUCUCUGUGGAAAUUUCAAUAAUAUCCAAACUGAUGACUUCAAGGCCAUGAGUGGAGUAGUUGAAGGAACAGCAGCAGCAUUUGCUAAUACAUGGAAAACUCAGGCUUCAUGCCCUAAUAUCCAGAGCAGUUUUGAGAACCCUUGCGCACUCAGCAUUGAUAAUGAAAAAUAUGCUCAGCAUUGGUGUGGACUACUAACUGACAAUGAAGGACCUUUUGCUGAUUGUCACUAUGCAGUGAAUCCUUCUACUUACCACACGAACUGCAUGUUUGACACAUGUAACUGUCAAAACAGUGAGGAUUGUCUGUGUGCAGCCCUCUCUUCCUAUGUGAGAGCUUGUGCUGCAAGAGGAAUCCAGAUAAGUGGAUGGAGGACUGAUGUCUGUUCAAAAUACACCAUCUCAUGUCCCAAAUCCCUAAGUUACAGUUAUAACAUCGAUUCCUGUCAACCCACUUGUCGCUCUCUGAGCGAGCCAGAUGUCACAUGCAAUAUUAAGUUUGUCCCACUUGAUGGCUGCACCUGCAUAAAUGGAACCUACAUGGAUGAAAGUGGCAAAUGUGUGCCUUCUAAUGAAUGCCCCUGUUACUACAGAGGAUCUCCCAUACCACUUGGAGAAGCUGUCCAUGACAAUGGGCUUGUAUGCACUUGCACACAGGGAAGACUGGAUUGUAUUGGAGCACCUGAUCCAAUUCCAGUUUGUAAAUCUCCCAUGGUCUACUUUGACUGCACAAACAUCACUGCAGGAACAACUGGUGCAGAAUGUCAAAAAAGUUGCCAGACUCUGGAUAUGAAGUGUUAUAGCACACAGUGUAUAUCUGGCUGUGUGUGCCCAUCUGGGCUUGUGUUAGAUGGGAAGGGUGGUUGUAUUCCUGAAGAGGAAUGUCCAUGUAUUCACAACGAAGCCAUGUAUCAGCCUGGGGAAAAGAUCAACGUUGACUGUAAUACCUGCGUGUGCAAGGAUAGGAUGUGGGAAUGCACCGAAGAUCAAUGUCUGGGUACUUGUGCUGUUUAUGGAGAUGGGCAUUAUAUUACCUUUGAUGACAAAAGAUUCAGCUUCAAUGGAAACUGUGAAUAUACACUAGUCCAGGACCACUGUGGGAAGAGUGGCACAGUCAAUGGGACCUUCCGGGUUAUCACUGAAAAUAUUCCCUGUGGCAACACUGGGACAACUUGCUCAAAAUCUAUCAAAGUUUUCCUAGAGAGCUAUGAACUGAUACUUGGUGAGGAGCAUGUCAGUGUGGUAAAGAGAGGACAAGAUGGUGAGGUGCCAUACACAGUCCGCUAUAUGGGUAUGUACUUGGUAAUUGAGACCACCAGCGGACUGAUUCUCAUGUGGGACAAGAAAACCAGUAUCUUCAUCAAGCUCAGCCCUGAUUUUAAGGGCCAGAUCUGUGGCCUCUGUGGAAAUUAUGACGGUAACGGCAUCAAUGACUUUACUACAAGGAGUCUGUCUGUAGUAGAGAACGUCCUAGAGUUUGGAAACAGCUGGAAAGUAUCUUCUACAUGUCCUGACGCUAACAUCAUAAAGGAUCCAUGUUCUACCAACCCUUAUCGAAAGUCCUGGUCGGAAAAGCAGUGUAGCCUCAUCAACAGCAAUGUCUUUGCUGCCUGUCACUCUCAGGUUGAACCAGCAAAAUAUUACCAAGCAUGUGUGACAGAUGCUUGUGCCUGUGACUCUGGAGGAGACUGUGAUUGCUUCUGUACAGCAGUAGCUGCCUAUGCUCAAGCAUGUAGUGAAGUUGGUGUCUGCAUAGCCUGGAGAACCCCAUCAAUCUGUCCACUAUUCUGUGAUUACUAUAAUCAACAAGGGGAAUGUGAAUGGCACUAUAAGCCUUGUGGAGCCUCCUGUAUGAAGACCUGUAGGAACCCAAGUGGAAAAUGCCUCCAUAACUUGCCAGGUUUAGAAGGCUGCUACCCUAACUGCCCUCCAGACAAGCCAUAUUUUCAUGAGGAUCAGAUGAAGUGCGUCAGUCUCUGUGACUGUUAUGAUAAUGAAGAUGGGAAGAUAUAUAGACAUGAUGAAUGUCAGUUAUGUGAAUGCACAUCAGAAGGUUUACAGUGCAAGUUUGAUGAUAAAGCAUGUAACUGCAUUUAUGAAGGGAACACAUAUAAAUAUAAUGAACUCAUCUACAACACCACAGACGGAACUGGAUGGUGUUUCAGUGCAACGUGCGAUGUCAAUGGAACAAUAAACAGAAGUAUCUUCAGAUGUGGCAUCUCAACAACAACCCCAUUUACAUUUUCUACAAGUCAGCCCACAACUACUGCUUCAGAAAUCACAACCACAACACCAGUGACAACUGUAUGUGUGAAGAAUGUAUGUGAAUGGUCAGAAUGGUACGAUAGUACACAGCCUAAAACUGGAGAGGAUAGUGGAGACUAUGAAACUUUUGAAAAUCUAAAACAGAAUGGAUACAGUGUUUGUAAAAACCCAAGCAGAGUUCAAUGCAGAGCAGAAGAAUACCCAGAUAGAGAACUAGAAUAUCUUGAUCAAAUAGUAGAAUGCAGUCAAACCAGAGGAUUGAUAUGCAAUAACAAAGACCAAGAAUCUAAGCAGUGCUACAACUACAACAUCAGAAUACUAUGCUGUAGUUAUAAACCAUGUUCAGAAAUACAAACAACUACUGCUAUAGAAACACCAUUUACAAUACAGACAAAAACACAACCACCAACUACAGGAAAACAAACAGAAGCUCAAAAAACAGCCGUAACAACACUAACAACAAAAGUCACAAAGAUAACAGAAAGCACAACCACACCAACAGAACCGACUAAAACUAGCAGUAGUGCCAGCACCACCGAGGCCUCAACCCCUGUGACACAGCCCACAACCACCAUCAUCACAACACCAACAGAGCCCAUCACACCUACAAGCAGUGCCACCACCAUCAAGACCUCUCCCCCUCCCACAACCACUAUCAUCACCACACCAACAUCCUCCACAACAUCCAUUCUGUUCGAAACAUCCACUGUGGCCACCCAGACUCCAGCAUCAGGCACUACUGCCUCUACCCUCCCCAACACAACGAUUCCAUGGAGUACAGGCACUACAGUUAUUCUUCCAACUUCUGUGUCUUCUACCAGUCAAAGUACCACCACCUCUAUUUUUCCGACUAGUUUUACCACCACUGGUAGCCCAGUAUCAACAUCAGGUUCCUCACAGUCAAGCCCCAUAACAAGCACUUCUGCGAUCUUCAGUUCUUCCCUCACCACAUCUUUCACAACAGAAGCAAGUACAAUUGUUACAUUAAGCAGACCAACUCCAUGUUUUUGUCAUGUCUUUGGCGAUUUUUUCUCUCCUGGGGAAGUUGUAUACAACAGAACAGAUAAGGCUGGAUGUAAUUUUUAUGCACUUUGCAGCAAUGAAUGUGAAAUUGCCCCAUUUCAAGGGCCAUGUCCUCCAACAACCCCUUUAACUUCAGAGUCCUCAAAAACAACAACACAAGCCUCCUCAUCCACAGAACAUGUAUUUUCUUCUGUCUCACCAACCACAGCAACAUCCCUCACAACUGCAGCAGAAAGAAACUGUACUGAUGUCAGUCCUCCACGAAAGCCUGGAGAGAAAUGGACAAGUGAAUGCCAGGACUGUGUCUGUGACCCACUCACUUCUACUGUGCAAUGUCAGCCAGUCCCAUGCCAAACAGCUCAGACACCAAUUUGUGAGAUAGGAUUUGUUUCCUCACCUGUAUUACCAUCAAAAGACCCAUGUUGUCCUGAAUUUGAAUGCAAACGAAUCCCCAACAUCUGUUUGAUUAAUGGCACAAUGUAUAUGCCUGGAAUGCCCAUAGCAAUUGAUUCAUGUAAGAAUUGUACCUGCAGUUCUGAGAAAGAUCCAGUGACUAGUGAAAAUAUUGUGCAGUGUGAACCAGUGCAAUGUGAAACAUCUUGCCCACUGGGUCAUGAAUAUAAGAUUGAGGAUGGAGACUGCUGUGGGAAGUGUGUUGAAGUAGCUUGCAAGAUCAAACUAAGUAACAACACUAUUCAGGUGCUCAGUGUUGAUGAGAUUCUGCCACUUGAUCUCUGCAGCUACUACAAAUGUGAAAAAAUUGAAGAUCAGUAUGUUACAGUCCAAACUAAAAGAGUGUGCCCUGAAUUUGAUCCAGCAGAGUGUGAUCCUGAUGAAGCAGAGACUACUCCUGAUGGCUGCUGCAAGAUAUGUAAACCUACAAACUGCAAAGCUUACACCACAAAAACUGUGAUCCAACAUGAAGACUGUCAAUCUUCUGAACCUGUUGAGCUGGCCUAUUGUGAAGGGACUUGUCCUGGCUCCUCUGUGUAUUCUCUUGAAGCAAACCAGAUGCAACAUGAGUGUAGUUGCUGCCAGGAGUUCAGCAGCCAAACAAGAGAGGUGACCCUGACUUGCCAAAAUGGAACAAGCAUAAAUUAUAACUAUGUCUAUGUGGAACAGUGCCAGUGUAUGAAUGCGUGCACUUCACAGAUCUCUCAAAUAGAUGGUUAUCAAUCAAAAAUCAGUGAAAAACUGACAUGAUCAUUGUAAAAAGAAAACAGAGAGCCUAGGAAAGCUAAAAUCACAUCUUCCUGAAAAUAACCUGCACUCCUUCUUUUACUGAUACUAUUUCAGUUUAUCUUUUAUCUUCCUUUUUUUUUUGUUGUUUGUAAAAAACAGUUAAUUUUUUAUUUAAGUGAUACAGUUUUGAAGGUGAAAAAUAAAUGACCAUGUAAAAUAUCUUGCUGUACAUUAUGCAAAUAGGCCAGCAUGUAUCAGUGCGAUCACAGAUCACAAAACUGACAUUCUACAAAAAGACUAAAAGGGCUCUAAAAACAAAACCAGAAAACAGCGUAGCUACAUUGCACUUCACUCUUGUGACUAGAGAAAGUUUUAUUGGAUAGUAUUUUCAUGGAUGUACUGCUCUUGACAGACAUCACACAGUGACAGAGAAAAGACUGUUUUGCUGUUCAUUUGUCUCUUAUUUGAUCAAUAAAACUUUCAGCACUUUUCAAAUGCA